CAGUCCAGUUGUUGUCGCACCUUCAAGCAGAGCAGACGGUCCAGUCCCACCAGCAGAUUACAUCCACUCGCACUCCAUCAAUAGAACUGGUUUCUGGUCCAUCCAUAUCGAUUGGAAAUGUUGCUCGUGCCGCUUGCCCUGAUCUCACUAUUCGGACUGGCCCAAACGCUGCCCCUCGAUGAUGUGGAGUCGUCAUUGUCACCGGCCACAAGUGAGCUGCCAGAUGACGGCGGGCGGGUGGUCUUCGAUCAGAGGCAGUCGGGCAGGUACAACAUCCACGUAAGCAUCAAGGAUGUCGCCAUCAUCGAGGUGGGUCAGAACGAUCUGUCAGAAGGUGCGUACAGCGAUGCGGAGGAUUACUACUACGAUGACAGUGCGUUGACCAUCAAACCCAUCAAGUUCUCGACUGAGGCCAUUGGCAGCAGCAGCAUUAGCAGCAGCAGCAGCAGCAGCAGCAUAGCAGAAGCAGCGACGACAUCCACGACAGCGAUCAGCAGCAGCAGCAGCACCAGCACCACAGAGGCGCCAACCACCGCAGCCUUAAUGGAAUCCACAAUGACAUCUGAGGCACCAUUGAGCAGCCUAAAUGCGAAUUCAACCUACAGCUCGAAUCUCUUGGCGGAUAUCGCCGCCAGCAGGAUCAAGCCAAAGUCCAGGCUUAACAAUCUAAUGAUAAUGGAGACGCCAAUUGGCGGAGCACGACCCACAGCCGUGCCGCAUCUGCCGCAUCCCAGAUCCAAAGAUAUUCCCAUUAUGGCUGCUGCUGCCGCUGCCACUGCUGCAGUCACCCGACCCACGCUGUCGCCAGGCAUUGAGUAUACACCCCCUCAAGGUCACAACUCGCCCAUCUUCAAGGUGAAAGUUCAACGAUCUGCAGUGCCGCCAACCAAGAAGCCCGCCCGCUGUCGUUCCCAUCAGACACGGAAUGCCCAGGGCAAAUGUGGCGACUCGAUCUACCGUCGACUGUACAGCAUGCUGAUGGGUCUGAACCUGCCGGGUCUGGUGGGCCCACCACCCCACGGGGCCGUCUAAUGCGAUCAGCCUGGAUCGGUUUUCACAUCAUCACAUAUCAAUGCAGUUUACACUGUCAUACAUAGCCUUUAAGUGCCUCCAAAUGUAUCUGCUUGAGCCUAUGCUUGAAGUAUAAUGACUGAAACGUUCUAUAAUUGAUUUAAAGACAAAUUCCUAUUGCUAGUUCUGAAGCAAGUGCCCAGAUUUAAAGUAAGCUCAGAAAAAUAUUACUCGAAUUUUAUUAGUUGCCUAUAAGCUACGCGAAUGACAAAGCCAAACGGAGAAAAUCAUCUUAAAUUGGAUACAAAACAAAAAGUAACUAUCACUCCAUGAAAUCAACUUGUCUUUGCAUAUAUAUUUAAGUACACACAUACGUAUGUACAUGCGGAUCGUUGAUCUGCUAGAAUUUUGCAGCUAAAGUCAAUCAAUUAUAUUGGCAUGGCUCUGCGCGUGCCGCCUUUAAUAUUCCAUUUA